GCGAGUUCCGGGGAAAGGGCGAGUCUGGAAGGGGGCGCGAGGGAGCGCGCCCGGGAGAUCUUCAGGAAGGAUGCAGCUGGCGGAACUGCCCUUUGCAGGAGGUGGUUAGAAGCCCCCACACUGCCUUGUGAGUGGUCGGUGCCGGGGUAACCACAAGGGAAAAAUCCUCUAGUAAUUUCAUCCAAACACAAAGACAGACAGCAGGAUAAGAAACAAGGAAGAACCUGUCUACAAAGCAACCAGAAAACAACAAAAUGGCAAUAAUGGGGAGACUGAGGCCCAACAUGACGAAGUGACUUGCACCUGAGUUGACACAGGAUUCACCCCCAGGUCUGUCUGUCCACCCAGGUUAUUUUGGAAAGGCAGGCCGGCUGUCAAGAACAUGCCUCUGUGCCAAUGGAGGGCCGCCACCAGGGGCAGGAAGCCCGGUGGGGACGAAGCUCAGCCCAUGGCCAGCAGAGGGGGCCUGAAAGUGCUUCUGCACUGGGCUGGCCCCAGUGGUGGGGAGCCCUGGGUCACCUUCACUGAGGCCACACUGACCGCAGAGGACGUCUGCAUCCACAUCGCACACAAAGUCGGCAUCAGUCCACCCUGCUUCAAUCUUUUUGCCCUCUUCGAUGCCCAGGCCCAGGUCUGGCUGCCUCCAAAUCACAUCCUGGAUACCUCCAGGGACUCCAGCCUGACGCUGCACUUCCGCAUGAGGUUUUAUUUCCGAAACUGGCAUGGCACGAAUCCUCAGGAGCCGGCUGUGUACCGCUGCGGGCCCCCAGGGUCCGAGACUUCCUCAGAACAGGCAGAGCAGGGAGUGCAACUCCUGGACCCUGCCUCCUUUGAGUACCUCUUUGAGCAGGGCAAGUAUGAGUUUGUAAAUGAUGUGGCAUCACUAUGGGAGCUGUCUAGCGAGGAGGAGAUCCACCACUUCCAGAAUGAGAGCCUGGGCAUGGCCCUUUUGCACCUCUGCCACCUUGCUCUCCGCCAUGGUGUCCCCCUUGAGAAGGUGGCCAAGAAGACCAGCUUCAAGGACUGUAUCCCACGCUCUUUCCGGCGGCAGAUCCAGCAGCACAAUGCUCUGACACGGCUGCGCCAACGGAGCAUCUUCCGCAAGUUCCUACGGGCCUUCCAGCCGGGCUGCCUCUCCCAGCAGGUCGUUAUGGUGAAGUACCUGGCCACGCUCGAGCGACUGGCGCCCCGCUUUGGCACAGAGCGUGUGCCCGUGUGCCACCUGGAGCUGCUGUCCCAGGCCGAAGGGGAGCCCUGCUACAUCCGGGACGGUGGGCAGGCCCCUCCCGAACACGGGUCUGAGUCUGCUGCCGGAUCCCCCACCCACGAGGUGCUGGUGUCAGGCACAGAAGGCAUCCGGUGGCGGCUGGUACGGGCGGAGGGGCCUGGUGAUGGUGGUGGUGGUGGCGGCAGCAGGAUGCCUGAUGCUGGCCCAUCUGGGAAGAAAAUGAAGGCCCAGAAGGCGGGCAGCGAGCCAGUGGACAGGCCUCGGGAGACCCCCUGGUCCUACUUUUGCGACUUCCAGGACAUCACCCACAUGGUGCUGAAGGAACGCCACGUCAGCAUCCAUUGUCAGGACAACAAGUGCCUGGAGCUGACCCUGCCUUCCCGGGCUGCGGCCCUGUCCUUGGUGUCGCUGGUGGAUGGUUACUUUCGCCUGACUGCCGACUCCAACCACUACCUGUGCCAUGACGUGGCUCCUCCACGGCUGGUGAUGAGUAUCCAGGAUGGUAUCCAUGGACCCCUGCUGGAGCCAUUCGUGCUGGCCAAGCUGAAGCCCGAGGCUGGCCUCUACCUCAUCCACUGGAGCACCAGCCACCUCCACCGCCUCAUCCUCACAGUGGCCCAGCGCGACCAGCUCCAGGCUCCCGGCACCAAGGGCUUGCGCCUGCGGAAGUUCCCCAUUGAGCUCCGGGCCGGGACAGUCAUGCUGGAGGGCUGGGGCCGAUCUUUCCCCAGCGUGCGGGACCUGCGGGCCGCCCUGCAGGACUGUUCGCUGCGGGCCGGCGACGACUGCUUUUCCCUGCGUCGCUGCUGCCUGCCCCGGCCGGGAGAGAUCUCCAACCUCAUCGUCACACGUGGGCCUCAGGCCAGCACCAGACCGCUCAAUCUCAGUCAUCUCAGCUUCUACCGGAUCCGCCAGGAAGACAUCACCCAGCUAUCCCACUUGGGCCAGGGCACAAGGACCAACGUGUAUGAGGGCCUCUUGCGAGUGGGGGGCAGAGGCCCCGAGGAGGACAAGGCGGAUGGCGAGGAACCCCCCGUGCCCGCUGGGGACCAUGGGCAGAAGCUGCGUGUGGUACUCAAGGUGCUAGAUCCCAGUCACCACGACAUCGCCCUGGCCUUCUAUGAGACAGCCAGCCUCAUGAGCCAGGUCUCCCACGUGCAUCUGGUCUUCGUCCACGGCGUCCUCGUGCACGGCUCCGAGAACAUCAUGGUCACCGAGUACGUGGAGCACGGGCCCCUGGACGUGUGGCUGCGGCGGGAGAGGGGCCGCGUGCCCCUGGCCUGGAAGUUGGCAGUGGCCCAGCAGCUGGCCAGCGCCCUCAGCUACCUGGAAGACAAAAGCCUGGUUCAUGGCAACGUGUGUGGCCGGAACAUCCUGCUGGCACGGCUGGGGCUGGCAGAGGGCACCAGCCCCUUCAUCAAGCUGAGCGACCCCGGCGUGGGCCUGAGUGCCCUCUCCAGGGAGGAGCGGGUGGAGCGGAUCCCCUGGACAGCCCCCGAAUGCCUGUCUGGUGGAGCCCACAGCCUGAGCACCGCAGCCGACAAGUGGGGCUUUGGUGCCACCCUCCUGGAGAUCUGCUUCGACGGUGAGGCCCCCCUGCAGGGCCGCAGUCCCUCUGAGAAAGAGCGCUUCUACCAGAAGCAGCACAAACUGCCCGAACCUUCGUGCCCAGAGCUGGCCACACUCACCAGCCAGUGCCUGACCUACGAGCCAGCCCAGCGGCCGUCCUUCCGCACCAUCCUGCGUGACUUCACUCAGCUACAGCCCCAGAAUCUCGCUGAUGUCUUGUCUGUGAGCCCGGAUUCACUUGCUUCAGAUCCCACGGUUUUCAACAAGCGAUAUUUGAAAAAGAUCCGUGAUCUGGGUGAGGGUCACUUCGGAAAGGUCAGCCUGUAUUGCUACGACCCGAACAACGACGGCACUGGUGAGAUGGUAGCCGUGAAGGCCCUCAAGGCAGACUGCGGUCCCCAGCUCCGGUCGAGCUGGAGGCGAGAAAUCGACAUCCUACGCACCCUCUACCACAAGCACAUCGUCAAGUACAAGGGCUGCUGCGAGGACCAAGGCGAGAAGUCGGUACAGCUGGUCAUGGAAUACAUGCCCCUGGGCAGUCUCCGAGACUACUUGCCCCGGCACAAUGUCGGGCUGGUCCAGCUGCUGCUCUUCUCCCUGCAGAUCUGCGAGGGUAUGGCCUACCUGCACACACAGCACUACGUGCAUCGAGACCUGGCCGCGCGCAACGUGCUGUUGGACAACAACAGGCUGGUCAAGAUCGGGGACUUCGGCCUCACCAAGGCCGUGCCCGAGGGCCACGAGUACUACUGCGUGCGCGAGGAUGGGGACAGUCCUGUGUUCUGGUAUGCCCCGGAGUGCCUGAAGGAGUGUAAGUUCUACUAUGCAUCGGACGUCUGGUCCUUUGGGGUCCUCAUGUAUGAACUGCUGACCUACUGUGACUCCAGCCAGAGCCCCCCCUCGAAAUUCAUCGAGCUCAUAGGCCUCACCCAGGGACAGAUGACCGUGCUGAGGCUCACGGAGCUGUUGGAACGAGGGGAGAGGCUACCACAGCCAGAGAGAUGCCCCUCUGAGAUCUAUUCCCUCAUGAAGGACUGCUGGAAGGCAGAGGCCUCAUUCCGCCCGACCUUCCAGAACCUCGUACCCAUCCUCAGAUCAUACCACGAGAAAUACCAAGGCCAGGCCCCCUCAGUGUUCAGUGUCUGCUGAAGCCCCCCAGCAGCUCUAUUUGAGGGGAUUGGAGCAGACAGUAUACCCACUGACAGCAACUCCUGGCCCUUAACCUAAGAGGAGCUCAAGGUGGCAGGCCAGCCUCACCGACUCACAGUGCCUUACCACUAUCGGGAGACCCCACCCCGGGAAACUGACUUUCCUAGACUUACUCCGUUUGGACUGCUAUAACAAAAUACUGCAGACCGAGUGGUUUAUAAACAACAGAAAUUUAUUUCUCAUGGUUCUGGAGGCUAGGAAGUCCAAGAUCAAGGCACCAACAUGGUUGAAUUUUGGUAAAAGCCCUCUUCCUGGUUCAUAGCCUAUGCCUUCUCACUGUGUCCUCACAAGGUGGAAGGGGGCAAGGCAUCUUUCUGGAGCCUCUUUUAUAAGGGCACUAAUCACAUUCAGGAAGGCACCACCCUCAUGACCUAUGCACCUCCUAAUACCAUCACUUUGUGUAUGUGUGCGUGCGUGCACAUGUGCGUGCAUGCAUACAUGUGUGUGCUCAGUCAUGUCCAACUCUCUGCAGUCCUAUAGGCUGUAGCCCACCAGGCUUUUCUGUCAAUGGAAUUUUCCAGGCAAGAAUCCUGAAAGGGUUGCCAUUUCCUAUGCCAGGGUAUCUUACUGACCCAGGAAUCGAACCUGCAUCUCCUGUGUCUCCUGCAUUGGCAGGCAGAUUCUUUACCACUGAGCCACCUGGGAAGCCCCAUUUUUGGAAUUUAGGAUUUCCACAUGGGGAUUUUAAAGGGAUACAACAUUCAAAUCAUGGACCCUUCCAAAGUCAUGAGCUUGACAUAGACUCCUGAGGGACCCAGGACAAGCAAGGAGCUAACCAGGCUCUUGAAUUUGAUUUUUUUUUUUUUUUUUUUGGCCACGCCACUCAAAGCAUAUGGGACUUUAGUUCCCCAACCAGGGAUCAAACCCAUGUCUCCUGCAGUGGAAGUGUGGAGUCUUAGCCACUGGACCACCAUGGAAGUCCCGAAUCUGAUCUUUCUGCCCUCCCCUAUCUCCUGCCCUUUGAGCCCACUAUCUCCCCUGACAGGGUAUAAACUGGUAUUUCCUCUGCUAGAGGUGUGGUCCCUGGGCCCUUUUUCAGCAAAGAUCUGCUCCCCUGAGGACUGCACCUAGGGCCAGACACUUGCUGCAGAAGAAGCGGGAUUCAAGUCUUCAGCCUUUGCUCACCGCUAAAUAACCAGCCAGCAAUAUAGACCAGUGCCUAGAACACAGAAGGCCCUCAAGAUACAUGUCAAAUAUAUCAACAAAGGAUUGGGGGACCACAUGCCAUGUAGAUAACAUUGCCAGUUUCCCCCUUUUUCACUGUGUGACCUCAGGCACAUGGCUUCCCCUCUUUGUGCCUGAGCUCUCAACUAUGAACUUGGGAUGUUCCUGCUUGCUGCCUCAUUGUUCAAUUACUCUUGUUCAGUUCGACUCUUUGCAACCCCAUGGACUGCAGCACACCAGGCUUCCCUGUCCUUUACCAUAUCCCAGAGUUUGCUCAAACUCACGUCCAUUGAGUCAGUGAUGCCAUCCAACCAUCUCAUCCUCCAUCACCCCCUUCUCCUGCCUUCAGUCUUCCCCAGCAUCAGGUUCUUUUCCAGUGAGUCAGUUCUU